GUGGUGUUCAACUUUGCCAUGGUCCUUCUCAUUUUCCCCGCCAUCCUGAGUUUGGACCUUCACCGGCGGGAGGACAAGCGCCUGGACAUCCUGUGCUGCUUCUAGCCCUGCUCCAACCGAGUCAUCCAGAUCCAGCCCCACGAGCUGUCGUCGGACGCGGGCGAGCCUCCUCCCGCACCCCGCGGGCCCCGCCUCGCCCACGCCCCCUACGCCGCCGGCUCCACCAUCACCACCUCCACCCACAUCACCACUACGGUCCAGGCGUUCACCCAGUGCGACGCGGCCGGCCAGCACAUCGUCACCAUCCUCCCGCCCACCUCCCAGAUCUCCACCAGCCCGCCCUCCGUCGUCCUGUCCCCCUCGUCCCCCGCCGCCGCCCCCAGCCCCGGCAGCGACGCCUACGGCUCCCAGCUCUUCGCCCCCACCAGCUCCACCCGCGACCUCCUGGCCCGGAUGGAGGAGUCCAAGGAGGCCCGGGAGUGCGUCCCACUGCCCUUCUUCCGCUGGAACCUGGCCACCUUCGCCAGGGAGAAAUACGCCCCUCUUCUGCUCAAGCCCCAGAGCAAGGUGGUGGUGGUGGUGGGGUUUGUGGCUCUCCUGGGCCUCAGCCUCUACGGCACCACCAUGGUCCACGACGGACUGUACCUGACCGACAUCGUGCCCCGCGACACCAUGGAGUACGACUUCAUCGACGCCCAGUUCAAGUAUUUCUCCUUCUAUAACAUGUACCUGGUCACCAUGGACGGCUUCGACUACGCCCGCUCGCAACGGCUGCUCACCCAGCUGCACAACGCCUUCACGUCGGUCAAGACUGGUGCGGGCGAGGACCAGAAGUUGCCCCGCAUGUGGCUGCACUACUUCCAGGACUGGCUCAGAGGUCUUCAGACAGCGUUCAACGCUGAUUGGGACGCCGGCAGAAUCACCCAGGACAGCUACCGGAACGGAACAGAGGACGCAGUUCUGGCCUACAAGCUGCUGAUCCAGACUGGAUCCAAGAAAGACCCGUUCAACUACAGCCAGCUGACGUCUCGCCAGCUGGUGGAUGAGGAGGGUUUGAUUCCAGCGGAGGUUUUCUACAUCUACCUGACGGUGUGGGUUAGUAACGAUCCCCUGGGCUACGCCGCUUCGCAGGCCAACUUCUACCCCCACCCUCGCGAGUGGAUUCACGACAAAUACGACACCACCGGGGAGAACCUGCGUAUCCCUGCGGCGGAGCCUCUGGAGUUCGCCCAGUUCCCCUUCUACCUGAACGGGCUGCGGCAGGCGUCCGACUUUGUGGAGGCCAUCGAGAGCGUGCGGUCGGUGUGCGACGAGUUCAGCCGCAAGGGCGUGCUGAACUACCCCAACGGCUACCCCUUCCUGUUCUGGGAACAGUAUAUCGGACUCCGCCACUGGUUCCUGCUGUCCAUCAGCGUGGUGUUGGCCUGUACCUUCCUGGUCUGUGCCAUCCUCCUGCUCAACCCCUGGACCGCAGGCAUCAUAGUCUUCAUCCUGGCCAUGAUGACUGUGGAGCUGUUUGGAAUCAUGGGUCUGAUUGGCAUCAAGCUCAGUGCCAUCCCAGUGGUCAUUCUCAUCGCCUCCGUGGGCAUUGGAGUGGAGUUCACGGUCCACAUUGCACUGGGUUUCCUGACGGCUAUCGGGAGCAGAAACAAGCGUUCGGGGGUUGCCCUGGAGCAAAUGUUCGCCCCGGUGAUUGACGGCGCCAUCUCCACCCUGCUGGGGGUGCUCAUGCUGGCAGGGUCCGAGUUUGACUUCAUCAUGAGAUACUUUUUUGCUGUUCUCGCCAUCUUGACCAUACUGGGCAUGCUCAAUGGCCUGGUCCUCCUUCCCGUCCUCCUCUCCCUGCUGGGCCCACCCGCGGAGGUCACCCCCGCCCGACAACGCCAACCCCGCCUGCCUACCCCCCUCUCCCAGCCCCUCCCCCCACCCAUGACCCACCACGGUUACUACGCGGGGCCACGCCCCCGGGGGGCACCUCGGCAGCAGGCCUUCUCUGAGUCAUCGGACUCGGAGUACUACUCGGAGACCACCACCACCUCGGGGCUGGGGGAGGAGGAGUAUAAGUACUGCGACCCCAGCGCCUACGCCAGCCCCCCGCCUCCACCGGCGCCGCCCCCCCCUUCCCACAUCCUGCUGGAGGCCAGCAAGAACCCCAGCUUCCCCAGACUCACGGUGGUGAAGCCGUUCACAGACAAACAGUCCGUCUAUCAGAAGGAACACUUGAACGAAUGUUCGCCCGGUAGCACCCAGCUCACACGCUGGGACAGCAAGCAAGAGCAGGGCGCCAGGAGGCCCCAGCAGCAGCAGCAGCAGCAUUUACCCAGCGACAGGCCCCAGGGCCCUGGGAGGACUAGUCACUGUGGCCCCAGGCCUCAGGCCCACAGAGGGCCCCACAUCAGCAGGACUAACAGCACAGGCGGCGGUCCCAUCACCAUGGUGACAGCCACAGCGUCGGUGACGGUGGCCGUGCACCCGAGCCUGCCAGGGGCGUACCAGGGCUACAUGCACGAGGGCUACGAGGACAGCGAAACAGACUGCUCUGAGGAGGUUCAGAGGACUUGUCACUUGUUCAAUGGAGGGAUAGUUUGCAAGCCAGCUAAAAAAGACUCUCUGGAGCUUGAAGACCUGGACACUGUACACCACCAACACAAACACCAGCAGGGCAAACAGGCACUAGGUGGGCCAAGGAACCAGGCAGCCAAAGAUUGCUAGACUCUUCCCCCACUGCCCUCCCUUUUCUGGGCACCAACUCUGGCUGCCUCCUGUUUCCUCCCUCCUGGAGCCUGGACUCCAAGCCCUGUCUCUCCGACCUGUACAUACACACCACAACAGACUGUACAAGAAGAUUUAUUUUAAAAAAGAUAUUAAGAUGGUCUUGUUUUAAGAAUAUAUAAAUCUAUGAGUAUAUAUUUUAAUACUAAAAAAGAGGGAAAUGCUAUUUAAAAGAGUACUGUAUAACUUGGGUAUUCUCUUGUGUAAAGGUUCAGAUGUAUAAGAUGAUUUUUUGAAGGAGGCGUUUUCCUCCACUUGUAUAGAUUAUGUGCUAUAUGUAAAAAGAAUGGUCCGAAAAUUAAGAUGCUAUUAAGAUAUUAGGUUUAUGAAAAUACAAGGUCAGUGUUUGUUGUUUUGCUGCUACACUUCAAAAGAAUUGAAUUGAUUUGCCUUGAAAAUAUGCAGUACCCCCCCCCAUCCCCCCCCCAUCUCCCUUCCUACACCCCCCCCCAUCUCCCUUCCUACACCCCACACACAGUAAACAGGAUUCUGGUUCAGUUUAACACUCCACUGUGAGUGCUCGUCUUAGGAACCUACACGCACUCUCUAAACCGCUUUGGCUGGCCAUACUAGGCCAGUCAUUGCACUCCACAGAAACCUUCCGGUCAGAAUCUUAUUACUUUAUUUUGUGUCUUUUGUUUUUGUUGUAUACAUAAUUUCAACCAUUGUGCCUUCACAACAACAUCAUGCCAACUGUUACAAAGUUUGGUGUAAAGUGCUAUCUGUUUCCCUCUCUGUUGUAUUUACGUAUGUUGAUGGCUUCUUUACAUGUACUAGAGACCUUCUCAUUCACUGUUUAUUCAUUUGAUCAACGUCAAGUCCACUUCUACAUUUCUAUGUAUGCGUUUGUCAGUAUGCAUCACCUGUAGCUAUCCAGGUCUGUGAGGAAUCACAUGUCAUCAGCAGCAGCUCUGUCUGGUUGUGUGCUCGUUCAACAACUUGCCAGGUUGUUCUUUGCAGUCUGUGUGUUGUUAUAUUACUUGAAGGAGUUGUGAUCAGGAGGUUUCCUCCGAAAAUGUUUCUAAGCUGUUCAUUGGGUGACAUUCACUCUGUCAAGCAGCGUCAUGUUACAGACAAGAGUUGUUUACCCCAAUUUUAGUUUGAAAGGGAAUUUUAUAUCAAAUGCAAAGGGAGUUUCUUUUUUCUUUGAUAGAUAUAUAUUUUGUUUGGCUGCUGUAGGGGUUGUGUUAAGCAGCACCACAGCCCUGUGCAAUUAUUGACUAGCUUGAGCAUUUCAAACAGCUCAUUCUGUGGUUACCUAUUGGGUAAUAGAAAAGGGUUUGUGCCUUAGUGCAGUAACAUACUCUUCAAUCUCUAUCUCUCUCUCUUUCGCUCUCCCCUUUGUAGGCCUCAUGCAAGUCAGCAAUACUGCUAUACUGGUUUGCCUUUUUUACCAUUUUCAUUUGUCGUAUAAUUUCAGUUGUCCGUUCAGUAUUGGUCGUCACUGUCACUGCCAAUUGAAAUGCAGGAAAUGUACAAAUUCUUUAAGUGGCAGCUUGUAAUUCUUUUGUAAAUAGUGUUAUGAAAGAAAACAUUACGUAGCUACUCUGCAUUCUGGAAAAAAACAUAGAUCAGGUUCAGAGAGAUACCAGCAUUCAAUGCUUCCAUUCAGAAACACAAGAGUAAGUUCUAGAAGUCAUAGCUGCAGGGUGUGUUGGGGGUGGGGGGGGGGGGUCCUGCAUAGGGUUGUAGUUUUAUUUCAAAUGUAUGUCAUGCCAUAUAAAUUAUUUAUAUAAAAUUUUUAUUUUUGUAGUUUGUACAGAUGUUAGUCACUAGACUGAAGUUCUAUUUUCAAAGAGUAAAUAUAUAUUAUAUAUAAUUAUAUCUAUUUGUUGCCGAGUUUUUUUGUUUUGUUUUGGGGUUUGUUUUUUGAGGGGGAAGGAGGGGGGGGAUUAUGGGAGUGGGAGGAAAGGGGUUCAGACAUUUUGUUUUCUUUUUUUGUUGUUUGGAGAAAAAGGGUGCACUUGGAGAAUGAAGUAGAAGUGAGAGGCAGACUGACAGAUGCCAUCUUUUUUUGGACUUGCCUGUCCGUUCCAUCCUGUGCCAUGUCAUUAUGUUUCAAAGUGUUACUCUAUUGUCCAUGUCUAAAACACUGUGACUUCCUAAACACUAUGCUCAAGAAACCCCUUGUGUUCCCUCGCCUUCUAUAGGAAUCUAACUAACAAAAUAAAUUCAACGGAAAGAAAUGCUUUUGUUUCCCUCAUCUU